AUGGUGAGUGCUCAAGCUCCUCGAUCGCCGCUCAUCCGAGCGAGCCACCUGUCAGUUCGUCGUCGCGCGCCGAGGGCAAGGCACUGACAUGUCAAAUACUCGUCCCAGGCGUGUUCCCAGGCGCGUCCCACGCCCACCUCAUCAUUGAAACCCGCCACCACCUCCACACCUCGGCAAACAGGGUCUGCAAUUGGUGCCGUGGAGUCCAAUGUCGCCGCUACCUUCCCUUCGGCGUCGUCCGUGUCGUCCGUGUCGUAUCGCCAUGCGGGCGAGAAACUCAAUCUCUACUGGACUCGCAUGCGCAACGAAUGGGAGCCCGCAUUGGCCACGCCAUACAACGAGACGGCCGAGUGGAUUGGCGAGCUCUGGUUGUCGGCUGUCAAUUACUGGCUGGUAGAGCUCGAACUCGGCAAAUCACGUGAUUACCUAGAGCGACUCGAUGACCCGCUCCUCGAAUGCGUAUUCGAAACCCUGGACAACGACGUGAGUAUGCUGUCGCGAACUUCUACCUUGCCCAGGAGCUGACAUCUGACCCACGGUGCGCCACUAGGACGAUGGCAAACCCUUUCGAAUUUUACGACCUCGAAGCAGUCUUAUCAAGCUUUACAGGUCAAGGAGCGCGGUUUCAGUCGACCUCAAAGGACCCCCUCCUUCGCAAUCGACGCGCAAAGCCACCAAGGUGUACGGACGCAGGACGAAGGAACAGGCCUCGCUUCACCCGUCUGGGAGCGACGGUUAUGACGACGAAGAGGACGAAGAGGACGAGGAGGACGAGGAGGAGCAUCGAGAGGGCGACGAGGACAGCGAUGAUGCUGGUGAUGAGGUGGACGGCGGCGGGGAGGAUGACGUUGGCCACGUUGUUGAUGACGAGAUGACAAGUUGCGACUCCGACGAUUCAUCCCUUUUGAAACGUCCUGCGUCUCGCAACAACAAUCCUACGUCAACCCAGCGCGAAGUCUUAGGGAAAGGGCCUGGCAAGAAGACGAAGAAGAAAUCGAUGUUGGCUGCGUCUCGUGCCAAGAAGCGUCGUAUCGAGACACAGCGUUCAGGUCCCGGAGCAACACUACCGCCCGUGAGUGUCAUGCUUGAGUUGCUGACGCCAUUGCGAAUGUGUCUGGCUCUGGCUGACAUGCCGGCACCUCCGGACUGUCUUUAGCCCUUCGACCAUGACGACAUCCUCAUAACUUGCAAGCGAUACUUUCUCUUCAAGACCAAUUGGGAAGACAAGGAUUAUAAGUAUCUGGUCGCAACCCUUGCGUCUGGGAGGGGUCUUGAGAUCCUUGGGGAGAUGAGUCCGGCCGACCGAAAACAAGCAAAGGUAAGCCUGUCGACAUUUCGCCCUCGUCGGAUUGGCAAGAAUGAAGGUUGCUGACCUCAUCCUUUACUCGGCUCGCAAGGCCCAGCUUCAUCGCGUCAUUCGAUCUAAAAGAUCUUCGAUCCUCCAUGCGACCCUCACCGCCGUGGCCCCGUACGCCAAGGCAUGGCUGCGCUCCGAAGCAGGGAAGACGUUUCUCGAUCAGACGUAGGUCACUCUGACGAUGCAAGCUCUACAACAUGAAGAUGUGGCGCUAAUACACCUCAAUUUAUAGGCCCACACGACCUCCCGCCGCACGCCGCAAGCGUGACUCUGGUCGAAGAAAGGAGAAGGGGCGCACGGACGAGGCUGAGGCAAACGAGAGACGCCGAUCCACCGAGUUCCCCCGACCCAUCAAGAUCAUGCCUUGGGUCACGCUCAAAAAGGCCAAGGCUAUAUUCUCAACUAAUCUCAAGGCCGUAGAUCGCGCCGUUCUCUCCGACCCGAAACUUCCAUACGCACACCGUUUGAAAUGCGCCGCCGCCGCCUGGAUCGCGGCUGAAGUGCCUCAUCAGAGGCGCUUGGCAGCCAAUGACGAGUCGGGUUCCAACGAGGUAGGUUUCAUGAUUCGAACUCGGUGCAGUUCGAUUGGCUGAGUGGAAUGAUGGGAGCGACACCGUGCAGGAACCGGAUCAGCAGGUGAAUUCGCCGGCUCGAUUGCCCGAAGAAAGUGAGCAGUUUCGCAGUUUUUGGGUUGACCGCUGCACGGCCGUUCCACGGGACUCCACCACCGAGGAUGGAAAUGUCGAUAGGUCUUUGCCAAAGGUCAACUGCUGGAUAGUCAAUGAAGACCGCCGGUGCGAAUUGACAUUGGGCGUCCCCGACGUUCUUCCGCCUCCAUUCAUGCAUACCGACCACAACGAGGAGGACGAUUCGGACGAUGACGAGCCCGUUGACGAGGAGCUGGAGCAGGAAAUUGUCGAUUUCAUAGAGUGGGAGCGUUCAGAUCCAAUAACGAUGGCUGACUGA